GCCAGCGACCUAUUAUAUAGGCAAAUCCGUACAAAUGGGCUUUUGUUUUUCUGUGUAUAUAACAUAGCACAGCCCAAUAACCCAAACCCACAUGAAAUUAAACCCAAAACUUUACUCCUAUUGUGGUUGCCGCGCUUCUUUGUUUUCUUUUUCCCUGUGUAGGUACUGAGAUUGUGGGAUUCAGGUGGAGGAGAACGAGAAACCGUAUAUCCAAGGGACGGUUGAAAGAGUAACUCAGCAGUUGUAUUCAGAGUGAGUACAAAAACCAACACAAUGUCAAGAACAGCAUCUAUAACAAAACUGGCCCGACAGGUUAACCGACUCAAGGUAGAAACAGCUCUGCCUCUGUCUUCAAGUUACAGUACAGUGCUGCACUCAAAUAGUUAUCAAUGGAGCAAGGAAGAUAAGAUGGAAUUCCCAAACCAUAGGACUGUUAACAAUUCCACGACUCAGAUUCAGAUUAAAGAUUUCGGAACUGUGACCCAACGCCAAAUAGGAGAAAAUGUUUCAAGAAAGGAUAAGAUCAGCUUUCUUGUGAGCACACUUAUGGAUCUGCAAGAUAGUAAAGAAGCUGUAUACAGUACUCUCGAUGCUUGGGUUGCGUGGGAACGGAACUUCCCCAUUGGGGCUUUGAAGCAGGUGUUAGUUGCUCUUGAGAAAGAGCAACAGUGGCAUAGAAUAAUCCAGGUUAUUAAAUGGAUGCUGAGCAAAGGACAGGGCACCACGAGGGGAACAUAUGGCCAGCUGAUUCAGGCUCUGGAUAUGGACCAUAGGGUAGAAGAAGCACAGGAGAUUUGGAAGAAAAAACUUGCUUUUGAUUUACAUUCAGUCCCAUGGAAACUAUGCAAGCUUAUGAUCUCAGUAUAUUAUAGAAAUAACAUGCUAGAUGAUCUUGUGAAGCUGUUCAAGGGCUUGGAAGCUUUUGACCGCAAACCCCCAGAGAAAUCCAUAGUGCAGAAAGUAGCUGAUGCAUAUGAGCUGCUGGGCUUACCUGAAGAGAAGGAAAGAAUACUGGAGAAGUACAAGGAUCUGUUUGUUGAGUCGUCUAACGAAAAAGCUAAGAAGAUCAGCCGUAGUCGUUCCCCAAAGAAAAGAAAACCAAGCUAGAAUGUGUGAGUUGGGUCUCAUUAUCCAUUUUGUAAUUACAACUGUUGUUGGUCACCCUCCUUAAAUCAUUAAUUACAUAAGUAUUAACGGCC